UGGGCAGGGCUCCAAAGGUGCAGCCGCCGCUUCAAGUUAGCUGUAAAUUGCACAACUUCCAGCGCCUCGUUACGCUCCGGGACUAGCAAGGAGCUGGCAGGAGCCGGGGCCCCUGCAUGGUGCGGCUCCGGCCCGGGGGCGACCAUGGCUCCCUUUGGCAGGAGCGUGCUCAAAGCCCGGCACACGGCCAGAUCUGCAAGCAAGGACAUGGCUUCAAAUGAAAGGGAGAUUGUCAUUUGGGUUUGCCAAGAAGAGAAAAUUGUGUGCGGACUGACAAAGCGCACAACCUGUGUAGAAGUGAUCCAAGCUCUGCUAGAAGAACAUCAAGCUACAUGUGGGGAAAAAAAGUUUCUUUUUGGAAAAGCUAGUGAUUAUUGUAUCAUAGAAAAAUGGAGAGGCUCGGAAAGGGUCCUCCCCCCUCUGACAAAAAUCUUGAGACUUUGGAAGGCGUGGGGGGAAGAACAGCCUAAUUUGCACUUUGUUCUGGUGAAAUCAGAUGCUUUUCUCCCAUUUCCAUUGUGGAGGACAGCUGAAGCUAAGGUAGUUCAAAACACAGAAAGACAAUGGGAGCUCAGCCCAGCAAAUUACAUGAAGACAUUGCCAGUGGACAAACAAAAGAGAAUUGUCAGAAAGACUUUCCGGAAACUGGCCAAACUUAAACAAGACAGUAUUCAGCAAGAGAGGGACAGUAUGGAGACCCUGAUUCAUCUGAUCAUUUCCCAAGACCAUACCAUUCAUCAACAAGUCAUCAGAAUGAAAGAGUUGGAUAUGGAGAUUGAAGAAUGUGAAGCCAAAUUCCAUCUAGAUCGAGUAGCAAAUGAUGGAGAAAACUAUGUGCAGAAUUCUUAUCUAAUGACCAGUCCAAAUGAGGAUGAACAACAAUCAAAUAUACCAUUUGCUCAAAAUCAGAUGCAUGAAUAUUUAGACAACAGUGAUGGAAUUUUGCAGGUGGAAGAGGGACUGAGACAUCACAAAUUACUAAUAAAAAAACUCAAUGCUGAAAUUGAAGAAGAAGUAAAAAGUAUGUCCGUUGACACACAUGGAGAUGAUGAGUCUCCAUCUAAUGGGGCAUCUAAUGGUGAACUGGAAGACUCAGAUUUAGAAAGUGUUAAACUUGAGCUGGAAAAAAGUAUGAAAGAUGGCCUGAGAAUCAAUUCUUAUUUGAAUGCCAUUCAAAAAGAACUUAGUUACAGAGAGCUACUACUUCAAAAGAAGGAGAAAGAAUAUGAACUCCUUGCAGAAGAGUUUAAUUUGCUACACGUUAAAGACAAUAUUGAAACUACAUUUUCACCCAGUGAAGAACAAGCCAACGGCAGCGAGAACUCCAGCAAAGGCACUGUGGUGUCUGACUUUGUUCGUAGAGUGACUAAUUUAGAUAUCAAUGAUACUGACUCUGACACUGGAAUCAGCUCUACUCACAGUCAAGACUCUGAGACAACAUUAGGAGAGAUGAUUCUGUUAUCAACAUAAUUGAAGACAGUUACGAACAUGACUAAGAACAAUUUAACAACAAUCGCCUUUGGAUAUUUAUUACCAUUUAAAAACCUUGCUAUUACAGGAGCUCAGUGCUGGGAGGUGGAGCACACUGACCUCAAUCCAACAGCCAUGUUCACAUACACAUGACCAAGUACAUGGGACUAUUCACAUACACAUACAUGCACAAACUUAUGCAUGUACUUAAGCAUGUGAAUAUUGUAUAGGCUUAAAACAACGUGCUUUGCUGGAUCAGUGUCAAACUGCUCAGCACUUGAAAGUGGAGCCUCAGUAGGACAGGAGGAUUCUGUUUGGAAAUGGGAUGGAAUCAAAGUACAGGUUGUGAAAUCCCUUGAUCCCUGAGUCCAUCUCUUCAUCUGAAUAAUCUUGUAGGAGCACGGAUAUAAAAAAAAAUGCAUCAAAUCAAUUGGGCAGCUUGAUUCUCUGUUCUGUUACACUGACUUUAUUCAUCUGAAGUUGAGUUGAACUGAUCUAAUACUGUAAGGGAAUAUAAGGUCAGGCACACAAUCUAGGAAAAUUUAGUUUUCAUGAUGUUGUAAAGACAAAUAAAAAGCAUGUGCUAUUUAUGCAGUAUAUUUAAAUUUCAUUGCCACAGAUCACAAAGGGUAACAUUCCAUAAGUAUCUGAGUCAUAUUUUCAAAAGUGAUCUUGUUUCCAUGGAGUGUAAACUGCGCACAGUUUCAGUAUGUCUUAGGCUCUUAAAGGCUAAUGCCAUAAACAGAGGCACCUAACUCUUGCUAUAGUCGCCUAUUUUCAGCUAUUCACUGCCAUUGAGAUCCUUAAAACCCCUGCUUAGCUGCUUUCUGACUCUUGUUGUGCCUAGAUUUUUGAUAGUCAAAUUCAAUUCUUCUGGUACAGAACUAUAGGCCCUGUUGCCCUCUUACUGAGAGUCCCAGUUCUCAUCUAAGCCCAAGAGUCACUCUCAGCCUAGCAUUCCCCUGCCUAUCUUUGCCUAUAGCUAUGGAUCUACUAUGUAUUCUUGGUGCGUGCUUCCUAGAUCAGGAUUUGCCUAAAAAUCAGGUAGGGAUGGGACAUUUUGGUGUGAGCUAGCUGGGUAUAUAAGUAAUUUCCCGCGCCCCACACUGGUUAGAGCAUUGAUAUAGAAGGGCUGCUGUCAAAACCUUUUCUUCAUUUGAAUAUAAUGAGAGGUUUAAACCUCUCUUUCUUACUUCCUGGGUGAGGGUUAUUGGGUAGGCUGGGAUGAAUCUCAGUCUUUCCUGUUGAAAUGUUGCCACUUCCUAUGACUAUUCAUUGAGGCAGAGAAGAAACAGAAUGAGAAAUAAAUUAUAGUGUGAUGGUUAAGGUAUUCACCUGGGAUGUAGCAGAAUCAGAUUCAAGAUAACUGAUCGGUAAGCCAGCUUGCUGGUUUCUGGGAGCCUUGGUUUUAGAUGCCUAAAUCCCACCCACACCUUUUCCUAAAAGUAUUCUCUAUAUAAUGAAAUAAGAUGUGUACCUAACUUAGAUUUGAGAAUUCCAUUAUGAGGAAGGCACCUAUAAGCCAAGCGUUACAACUUUGAGUGUUUCGGUGCCUAAAUCUCUCUCUUUAAGCACUUUUGAAUAUAUUCCCUAAAAUCAAACUGCACAUAUUAAUGGGAAUUUUAAGGAGUGCUAGCUAAACAAAAACAAAGUUCAGUUACUUAAAUCUUGGACAUUUAUUAAAGGACAGUAUUUAGAUGGCAUAAAUGUAAAGGACUGGUAAUUUUAGCCAUGUUUUUUCCUUCGACUAUAGUUUGGAGUCCACUGGUUCGUUUCCCUGAUUGACGGACAAUGUAGUUUUCAGAAUGACCAAAGCACUUAAACUGUGCUUGUAUAGAUGAAUUGGAGAAAAUCUUUCCUAAGUAAUGCAAACAGUUCUUGUUUUGAAGACUUCUGAACCCCAGUUACAUUAUGAAGAAAAAAAUUUGUUCUAUCUGUCUGUGUUGGCUGCCUUAAGAUACCUUGUUUCAUACCA